UCAGAGUUUCAGGCGGAGGAGCGAGGCGUGCGAGGCGAAGGCGCUCGCCAUUUCGCUCGUUUUUUCGGUGCUUUUCGACGUCGAGGAGACGCUUUUCGAGGCGAGACGGACGCUGUUUGACGGCGACCACGAUGGAGGACGACGUGAUGAUCCCCGAUGACUUCGUGGAGGAAGACAUACUGAAGCAGAUGAACUGGCCUGACCUUGACUUGGAGGACAUCAAAGAUUUGGGUUUAGACUGGCCUGAAGGUGAUAUCCUUCAGGGAGGCCUGGGUGGCAUGGUGCUCCCCCAGCACCAGCACCCUGGGGGCAUGUCGAGCAACACCUCCACCCCCACACACUCGGCUAUGAACACGGCUCAGAACAAUAGCAUCAACAAUGCCUCACCCAUGUUGAACACCAGUGAAGGGUUGCUGGGGAACAAUGGCUAUCAGAUAAUCAAGGUUGAACCUCAGCAACAGCCACCACCACAGCCUCAGCAAACAUUGCACCAGCAACCUCAGCUGGUAGCUGGGGUCCCUCAGGUGCGACAGGUAGCUCAGGUAGCACCUCGUGUGGAGCCAAGUACUUUGGUCAAUGUUCCUCAGACAUUGGUAACCAGCAAUGGGUUGGCUCAAGCUCCGCAGCUGCAGCAGUUGCUAUCACAGCAAACGACAGCCAUCCAGCAGGCCAAGCAGCAGACAACAGUGACAAGUCAGUUGCAGCCGCAGACAGUUCAGGUGCAGCAGCAGCGUGUGCAACAGAUAGCCAGUAUCCCACCACAGCUGACCAAACGGGUGGUCACGACGGGGGUGACGCAGGUGGUGCAACAGCCCACACUGAUUCAACAGCUGGUCCUGCCUAAGACAGACACCACCACCACCACCUCAGCUGGCCAGUGCAUCACAGUGCCCCACACUGUACUAUACAAGACUAGUACCCCCACCCUGGCCACCAUUGCCACUCCCCUACAGGGCCUGGAUACUACCACAGUUGUGACUGGCAUUCCGGUUGUUUUGGACUCAGAGCGGCUUCCCCUUGCGCGUGUUGUCAGUGCUGGAGUCAAGCCUGUGAUUGUGCCACAGAAGGGUGAGAAGCGCAACUCUCACAACGCCAUUGAAAAGCGUUACAGAUGCUCCAUUAAUGACAAGAUCCUAGAGCUCAAGAACCUUGUGGCUGGAGAGGAGGCCAAGCUCCACAAGUCCCAGAUUCUGAAGAAGGCCAUUGACUACAUCCGCUACCUGCAGGCCCAGAACACCAGGCUGCGCACUGAGCUCAACACGUACCGCAUGCGUGACGGCAACCAGAAAAUCACCGACCUGCUUGGGCCUUACACUCCACCUCCCUCAGACAGCUCUUCGCCUGCACGCUCGCCUCUCUCUGAUAGCUCUCUGCCUCCGUCACCCUCUAUGACUAAGCUUGAAGUAAAGGAAGAGCCUAUUCCCUCACCCAGGAGCAGCCCCUCCUACAUUCCCAUGGCACGUUCCAUGGCAGAUGGCUCACGCAUGAUGCUGUGCAUGAUGAUGCUGGCAGUGUUAGCCUUCAACCCCAUGAGCUUCAUCUCGAAGCGACGCAUGCCUGCCUUUGACGACUCCUUUGGGGAAGUCCCUGGCAGGACCAUUCUCCGCGACGUUGAAUCGGAUGAAGGCACAUUUUCAUUCCAACACAUCAUGUACUCCUCCUUGAUGGUUUGGCUGGUUAACUUUGUCAUCAUCAGUGUGUUCCUAGUGCGCAUCUUUGUGUAUGGGGAACCCAUAAUGAGGAGAAAAUCUGCAGUGUCUGAGAGCUUCUGGCGACACCGUAAACAGGCUGACCUCUGCUUAGCUAAGGGGAAUUACAGCAAUGCAUGCCACCAAUACAGCAUGGCUCUGAGUGCAAUUGGCAGGCCCUUGCCAAGCACGCUCUUUGAGAAAGUAUGCUCCGUCAUGUGGCAGAUCACACGGCAGAUCCUCCAACGACUGUACCUGGGGCGCUGGCUGGCCAAGCAUGCUGGCGGAAUCUUCCUCGAACACUCAAUCCGAGAUGAGAUCCAGGAAUGCGUCCGUGAGUGCUCGUAUGUGUAUCACCUCCUGCACAAAUUGCACCUCAUGGGACACACACAAGAUUCCUCACACCUGCUGGGUCUCUACCUGGCUCUGACAUCGAUCAACUUGGGCGAGUGCGGGGGUGUUGCAGAGGGUGAGAUGGCUGAGAUGUUGGUAAUGGCUGCCCUGCGUGCCAAAGAGUCCCUUCCGGAGCGCUGGCGCCUCUACUCUCGCAUGUUUCUGGCACAGGCGAAGAGGAAGAGCCACAAGGAGAACCAUGGCAACAACAACUCCCUCCAGUGGCUCUUUACACCAUCUGGCAACCGUUUCUUCGUCUCCCACAAGUGGUCGUAUAAUGCACAUCGGGUGUCCAUGUUCAGCCAGCUCACGGACAAGGCUGAUCCCAUGGCUUAUCUCCUUGUUCUCUAUCGAGAGCACCUGCUAGAACGCGCCAUCUCAACUCUCAUGAACCCAGGCAACCGAGCGGAUGACGUGUGUGAAGAGAAUGCUCAUAGACGCACCAAGACCUCAGAUGUCCUCGAGUACAUCCACCAGCUCAAUGAGACGUACAGCAGGCCAGGCACUUCGUUUGGCCUCUCGCUGCGAGAUGAGGUUUCCUCUUGGUGGGGAGCUUUCUGUGGUGUCGUGGCCCACUGGCUGCUGGGCGAGGACGAGCAGGCUGAGGCCCUGUACUCGACCCUGGAGAAUGUCCCUGAGGUACUCAAGGCAUCUGAUGAUCCCCUGCCAAUGGCGGUCUUGUAUGCUGUCAGAGCUCGGCGCCAGCUAGGCCACAGCUCUCCCUCAUCAACCCUGAGACUGUGCGAGAGAGCGGGAUCAGCACUUAGCGAUUCCAUCCACCAAGCCACGUACAAACACUCUAGUUCCAUGAUUCAGAGUGUCCAGCUUAUAGUAGUGGACUGGCUCCUGGGCGUGCGGACUGUGGUUUGGGAAGAGGAGUCCACCACAGACUGUGACACACUCAGUGUUGCUCCAGCGCACAUGUUGCAAGGAUUCCAGCACGAUUUGGCCCUGCUGAGGAAGCUUGUGCAACACAUACCGGGGGUUUUAGCAAGAGUUUUCCUGCAUGAAGCCACCCUGCGCAUGAUGGCAGGAGCAUCACCCGCAAGAACACAACAGCUUUUGGACCGAUCGCUGCGACACAGAUACAACAAGCCCUCGGUCAUCUGCGGAAAGGAGAAAAAGCUUGGCAAAAUUGCUGGCGAGCGGGAACACGCCACAGCCCUCAUGCUGGCUUGCCGACACCUCCCAUCCCAGCUGCUGGCCUCACCUGGCGAGCGUGCAGGCAUGCUUGCUGAAGCUGCCAAGACCCUGGAGAAAAUUGGUGACAAGAGAAGACUUCAAGACUGUUACACCCUAAUGAAGAGUCUGGGGACAGGGGUCUCGUCCUACUGCUAGGAGCUGAUAGUUUCUUGCAUUGAUUUUUUGUGUUUUAUAAAUUUUGUAUAUAUAGAUAUUUUUUUUCUUUUCCUAAUGUUAUUAUUUUUGGGUAUGCGUUAUGGGGUGGGGUGGGGGGAGGAUCCAGCAUAAAUAGGUUUUAUUUUUUCUUCCGGUAAGGGGGGAGGGAAUCGGGGAUUGGGAUCUGUGUUUGCAUUAUUGUCUGCGUACAAUGAAGAUUGUUUUAUGCUAAGUUAUUCUCUUAUUUAAAGUGAGAAAAGGAGAGUCCGUGUGUGUUCGUCUGAUGGUUCAUAUCUUCGAGGUCAAAUAUGUAUUGACACGUUAUUUUUCAUAAUUUAGGGCCAAAGAUAUAAUUUCCUAUUUUGGAUUUUUUGUACCUGUUUUACAUAUAAUGUAUGUAUAUAAUGAGUAUAAAUAGAUAUUUUGAUUGUGAUA